UUGGGGAUUACCAGAAAAGCAGAAAGAAAAAUGGCUUGCAGGAGCAUGCUUCGUUCCGCCAUACUUGUACAACCCUUCUUACACCCUCCUUUCAAUUUCAGUUUUAAUCACUAUCACAUAGCUUCACACUUCAAAUGCAAUAAGCUCAGAACCAUUAGGGGUAGGGCUCGUCAAUUUAAUCUUCCAAAACCACCUCUCUCUUGCUCCUACAAUGAAACGCCGCCGUCUCACGACGAUCAAGAUCCCCCUCAACAACCUGUGUUGGAGGCCAUUUCAGAGGUUUCCAAGAUCGAAGGGAGUUUAAGCCAACCUGCAAAUAUGGUUAUUGGUGGCACUGUCGCCGAUGAUUCUACCAAUGAAUGGCUCGCAUUGGACCAGAAGGUGAACUCGUACCCAACUGUUCGAGGAUUUACUGCCAUAGGAACUGGAGGUGACGAUUUUGUGCAAGCUAUGGUUGUUGCUGUGGAAUCUGUAAUCCAACAACCAAUUCCUCAGGGAAAUGUGAGGCAGAAGUUAUCUUCAGGGGGAAAAUAUGUAUCUGUAAAUAUUGGGCCGAUUCAAGUUGUUUCCAGUGAACAGGUCCAAGCUGUAUAUAAUGCCAUGAGGAGGGAUGACAGGAUGAAAUAUUUUUUAUAAUCUGUAACAUUGGUUUGUGUGUAACGCCGUGUUUGCAAGGUAUGUACAAAACAUUCCUGCUUUCAUCGAGUUAAGCUAAUUUGUUCUUUAAGUAACAAGCAAUAUCAUUGUCAUCAGAGUAAUCAUGGUGCAAAUUGAAUUUCUUCUGCAUUCCCUGAAAAUGUAAUCAGUAUGAUUUGUUACUAACAGAUAAUAAAUAGACACACUACUUUUUUGCUUUCAAU